AUGGAAUGUGCGGAAGGAAAUAGUGCAUCUAUGGAUGAACGCCUUUUAAGUCACCAGGAGCAGCUUUCAAGGCCAUUAGAUAAUCAAAUACUGAAGCUACAUAGCAAAGAGGAAGCUGCUCCCUGUAACCAUCAAGUACAAAGUGACCCUCAGAUUCCAGACCCGUGCAAACAGUAUGAUGUGCAUGAGAUACCUAAAAAACCUAUUAAACAACUAACACAGGAAGAAAGAGAUUAUUGGCAACAACGUUUACCACGUGGGUUUCAAUUUUAUCUGGAGCGUUUAGCACGAGGUGUCAUCCGAAACCAGCCAGAGAACAUCAAAGAGUUUGCUGCAGGCUAUCUGGAAGAACUUCUUGUUAGCAGAAAUGGUAAAGUUAUUUAUGGUAAAAAUAAAAGGUGCUUAAAACAUAAGACGUAAGAAAGGCUGUACUUGGUAUAAAGACCUUAUCUGAAACAGUGGUAGAGCCUAAAAAGAAUGGUAGAUUUGGUGGUCAGGCAUUUUAGUUAACAUGCUCAACACAGACACACUUCUCCUCUAUUCAUCCCAAACAGUACAAACUUCCCUUUCAACCCCCAAACAUGCACACACACCACUUCUUUAUUCAUUUCAACACACACAAACAUCUUUCCUUUACUCCCUCAAACACUCACUUCUCCCUUAUAACCCCCAAUAAAACAUCUCCUCUUCCACACCUCCCAAAUCUCACACCUCUACAUGUACACAUCCAACACAAACACACACACCCCACCCCUAUUCACUUCCAACACACAUAAAUCUUCUCUUUCACCUCCCACACAUGCACCUCUCCUUGAUUCAAUCAAAUUACACACACCUCUGCUUUAUUCACCCUCUAACCAAAAAUCUCUACUCUGUCAACAACCCCACCCCCAAAUCCACACAGACUCAACUAUAAUUACUUUUAUUCCCUUUCUUUCAAAGAACUAUUUCUUUUUCACUGGUACUUGAUGUUGAAAUUUUAAAUUCAUUACCCUUAUAAUAAGGACAAUGUUCUGUGUGAAACCACAUUUGACAAUUGUCUUGUAAAAAAUCUCUUUCUGAUUUGUCAUGUUACAGCGGAACUGUGGAAACUCCCUAUAGAGUCCUAUUUUACAAAACUGUAUAAGAAGAAAACUUUGAAAUCGCCCUGGCAACCAAAGAGGCGAAAUGUAGGAAGAUCACCAGCAGAACAAUCUCCCGUCUCUGCAACUGUGUUCCCUGAUUUUGUUCCUGAAGGUAAAAGUCCUUUUUUUUCUUCUUUCUUUUUUUUUUUUUACAAAUAAAUUUUCAGAUACUUUUUUUACAUUAUGUUAUAUUUUAAAAAUAAAAUCUGCACUUUGUGCGUUGUUAAUGGUCUUGCUUCCUAUAGAUUAAACAGCAGGGUACUUUACGCUGGUUGCAAGCUGACACCUUGCAACACAGACUUAACAUGUCUUUGGGAGCCACUUCCCACUGGUCCUAACUAAGUGCCGGUAAUGAAGCGAUACGGAGGCAAGUAUUUUUCCUAGAGGAAAAGGGAAGAAAAAGAAACUCUACAGACUGGUUUGGGGAAUUGCUGUAAUGUCACAAUUAACAGCAAGCCGAUAACAUUUAAAAGAUGAGCAGGUGGCUGCCUAAAAACUACCCCUGUUGGGACAAAGCCAUGAAUUCAGUUUUUUUACACUGACUCUUUAACCAGUGACAUAUGAUCCGGAACUUUAAAAAAACAAAACUAUUGUACUGGUACCUAGAACUUGAAUGAUGUGUGAAAAGAGAGAUCCUCUUGUAGGGAUGCUGUACAUAAAUGUGCAUUCUGACAUUAUCAAAGAUCCUGGCACUGAAUAGAAUUUGAAAACUUGGUGAGUUUUUAAAAUGGAAACUUAAAAAAAAAAUUGUUACUAUUUUUUCACUGGAGCCAUAAAUACAGCAUAAAGUUAUUAUUGUAUUUACUUCAGUCUUAUUAAUUUUUAAAAAAUAAUAGACAUCAUUGUAUUUGUAACCUUGCAGAAAAUCUACCCAUCUCAACAGUUGCGAACCAGCCAGUGAACUCUGUUAUUGGAACGGCCUUUUCAUGUGCUUAUAAGAAAGGUGAAACACUUAUUAAGUAACGCUUGUCCUGUCUUAACAUAAGAAAACACGUAACAGAUCUUUGAGUCCAUGCUGAACACUUACUUUCUCAACCUUAAUAAUGCACAAUUUUUACUCCUGAGAUGGAUUAAUAAAUAGUUUGGUGUUUCUUGAUUUCCAGAAAAUUAUUUUACCCAAGAGUUGAUUAGUGCAUGCGAGUCCAAUGAAAUUUUGACAGCUGAUGACUGCCACAGCGCUCUGGAGGAAUCUCUAAUCAUCCAAGGUCCCAACACGUCACAAACUACGAACAGCACCAGCUUUGAGACGGCAGAGGAAACAUUGUCUGUUUUAGUAGGCUCAGAGCUUGACAUGAACAGAAUUCAGGAAAGUAAAAAGAUACUUGUUUUUUUACCAAUGCAAUCUGAAGAAGCAGAAAAGAAGAUAAGGAAAUAUGCGAUGGAAAAUGCUUACCCAAGUAGCCCUGUUGAUGGUAUUGAAUAUUCUGAUUUGAGCCCUUCAGAUGAGGUCGGUGGGAAUCCUGAAAAAGUGCCCCUGACCAAUGCUGUACUCUUUAAUACAACUAUAAAUAAUAAUAAGCCUGUUUAUUCAGAGACCAAACUGAAUGAAGAGUCAGAGCAGUUGAUGGCCCAAGGAAAGGAUUCUAUGAUUAAACCAACUGUUUACGGGAGAGCAGACUCAAGCUCUGCAGCAAAAUGUGAAGAUGAUUUACCGCACGUGAGUGACAUGUACAUUUCCAGAUUCAGCAACAUUGAUGGAGCUCUGCACCAAACCAAGUAUUUCCUAAAUGGACUUCCGAAAGAAGAGGAAUCCAUUGGCCCCUUUCAAGAUUCAGGAUUGAGAACGGCUGGGCUGGAUGGAGAUUCAGAGAUACCACGUUGUCUAGGCAGCGCCGUUAACCUUUCAUGUGACACACAUGGAAAAACUGCGGGCCUUUAGCAUUCAUUAACAACACCUUAUCAAGAGACAGAGUUAGUGAAUGCCAAAGGUAAUCAAAACCCUGACAGCACCAUUCAAGAAGUGAGUCGAAUUUGUCAUACUGAAUCUGACCUGGAAUAUAAAUUUUCUCAGUCCUGUGAAAGGCCCGAAGACGAGAAAAAUUGCAGGUCAGAAAAAGAGGAAAAGGAAAUGCAAAUAUUUCAGUCUGUUGACUCCUCUAAGAAAGAAGAUGAAGAUUCAAUAGGGGAGGACAUUCAAGCUCGUUUCCGAGCCGAAUCUGACAUCUACUUCAUGCCAAUCAGGUCUGAAGGAUUUCUCAACGAGUUGAGCUUAGAGAAUGGAGCAACACAACACCACAGCAACCUUGACAUUCAAGCAGAUGGCAAAUCUCAGAGCUCAUUGGAUGUCACCAGCAUUCAGAUUCCUGGAGCACCUCCGACUCAUUCCCAUAACAACUGUGAACAUCCUACGAUACCCAUGCCUGAAGAGGUCCUGCAUUUGCCUGUCUGCGUCAGCCUGGAACCCACAGGGAGCUUCAACUGUAAUAUUUCCAAGGAAGGUUUGAAAGACAUUCAAUCAGUCGGCGAUCCAGGUGUCCAAGGAUCUGAUGCACAAACAAAUCAAGGCGUUAAGGAAUGUGAUAAUGAAAUUCAAGCUGAACAAAAGACCACCCUGCAACGGGUUGAGAGUCAUACCCAUGUGGGGUCUAAUAAUGCACAGGUGGAAACGAAGGUGGAAAUAGUUUGCAAUCACCUGGAUAAAGACGGGAAGUCCAACAUGGAGGCUGCCAUCUUUAUAGCCAGCUCUUACAUCUCAGAACUCAAGAGAGUGGCUCUAAACAUUGAAAGGAUUUUGGAUGAACAGAAUCAUAAGAAUUCAGACAAGGGGUUGGUCAGCUUAGACGAUAUAAAAAAGAGAAAGAAAGCUGGAGCACAAGAAGAUUUGAAUCCUGAUCAAAAUGAACAGCCAAAUGUAGAGCCAUCGCCAGUUUUGAUUGAAGAAUUGUCUGACAAGGUCUUAAACAUGUGCGAAGAUAACCUAAACCAGGAAAGUGUGGAAUGCACAAUGGGAGACUUUGUUUUUAAAGUCAAGCCCACGAGUAUGAGUCAUGAUGGGGACACCAGAAUAACUUGCGAGAAAAAGACCCAUCAGGCAUGUGAAGCCCGCCCACCGAGGGAAGAAUUGACUAUAAAAAGCACAGAGUUGAACAGAGGCUUGAAAUCAUUCUCAGGCACGUUACUGGAGAUUCCCGCUGAUACUAACAAUAACCAGUUUUCCUGUGGAGACAUUGCCUACAGGAAUAAAGAAGUCAAGUCUGAUCCAUUCAACAGGAAUGCUGCUUUAAUAUCAAAUCAAAACAAUAAUGGAAAUUUUUUAGGCACUGUUGAUUCUAAAAAAAUACCGGAGCAACUCAUUUUCUCGCCUGUUGGUAAAGACUGUUUAAAUUAUCUCAAGGAAACGGCUUCAGAGACGCUGAAGCCAGAUGGCAGUGACACCUUCUGUGUUACCAAAGAGUCCAAGAAAACAUGGAGAGAUCAUGACCCUUCCUGCAACUCCAGCAGCAACAACUCGCAGACCAUUGGCAGGAAGGCCAAACCGCUGUAUGCCAACCAGGAAGCCAUCAGCUAUCACGACAACUGUAACUACUCUACCAAUAACCUGAUCAGAGACCAGUCUCACGAAGAAUGUCUGCCGAGUGAAACAACAGGUACAAGAGGCGGCUUACCCACCCCGGAGUUGACAGCCUUACAUUUCAAAAGACAACAGAACUGCCCGUCCGAGAAAGAUAAAGACGGGGAACAAUUUAAAAACAGAUAUUAUCAACCUGCUGCUAAACAAAUGCCCAGCAAAAGCACACACCGUUGUAAUAAAUCUGUUUUUUGCAAAGAAGGAAUGAAAGGAGUUUGCCAAAAAGAAAAGGACCAUAAAGAAAUUGACCAGAAAGACAGAGAUAAUGAAAAUCAUCAUCAAGAAUGUCAAAAAAAUGGUAGUGAGAAUAAAAAAUCUGACUUGCCAAAAACCUCAGAGGAUUCUGAAAGGUGUCAGUCAUUCCAGAAAUUUUCUCCUAAGCCAAUGACAUGUGACGAGCAAUGUCCUUGUGACCAGGAUGACAAAGAUGUGACUAAGCAUAGCCACGCUGCUGCCACCUAUACAAGCAAACCAAGAGGGAUCAGCUUGCAAGAAACGGCUUCAAAGCUUAUGGCUAAAGCCAAAGACCACAAGGAAAACAAAGAUUUAAAAAGCCCACCAAAAAUCUUGGAAAUCGACAUUGCCGCCUUGAAUGUCCCUGAUUACCUUCCCAAAAUUUUAAAGAAAGAAUUUCCCUUAAGACUUCACGCUUUCCAGGAAGAGUAUAACCUGUCCUCGACGUACGUGCCAGAAGUUACCCGUCAGAUAACUGUGCAGAGUCCAGAGGAGAACAUGAUUGUCCACACAAUACACACACGUCCCAACCCGCUCCAACCAGAAUUCAGGGGAGACUUUGAAAUCGCUAGUCUGAAGAAAAGGAUCUAUCUUGGAGAGAAAGAUGGAUUCUAUCCUUCUGAGGGAACCAGGCGACUUAUAUGUGAGACAGAAUGCUUCUCAACAAAAGACCCGAAGACGCAAAAUUUGGUUUUAGAAAAUGGAACGCUGAAAGCUUCCAAGGCAAACGUCCAGACAAAGCCAGGAAAGAGAAAGAAAACUAUCAAGAGAAUACAGGAAGCGGUUAAACCCAUUCAGAAUGAUGUCGGUGAACCGACCGGCAUCUCAAAGGUUGUUGUUGAUGUAGCCAAAGACAAAGAACCGCAGUGGUUCAAUAAAGAUUAUGUUCAACUUGUUGGGGACGUCAUAUUGAUAGGCUCGGGGAAGACCAGGAGCAUAGAGCAAAUCUUUGGGCCUCUUCAGGAAGGCGAUGGGUCAAAUAACAGCUCCAAUACUUCAGCUGGCUUCAAGUCAGGCUCUCAUUCUCUGCAUAUUGCCGACAAUAAUUUCACGAUGGAAAGCAAUGAUGGCAGUUUUAACACUUCGAAAUGGAGAUCGUUGCAUUUGAGAAAUGUCACUUAUGAGAACAAUAACAACAAUAAUAUCCACUCAAUUGAAAGUAGUCCAACAUCAGCUUGUUGUAAAGAGCCUGAUUACCUCUGCGAUCAUUUUGAACUGGUGUCGCACGACAGAGUCACCACUGAAACUGGUUAUAAAGUGGUGCGCAUGGGAAGCAACUCCAGUAAUUCCCCUUGUCACAUGAACCCCCAGACCGAAAACCUGUCAAAAAAUAUUCUUCAAGACACAAGUUUUAAUUCACGCAGUCUACACCACAGAGAUUUAAAAUGGCAGCUAUCAAAUAUUUCAACUCGGAGCAAGGAUUUCAUCAGUUAUGAUUCUAAUAACAACAGUACGGGUAAGCUGUCUGAUGUGGACGAUGCCACCCUGCAAGAUAUCGACCAGAUCCCUACUGAACAAACACCAGCAGAAUCCAGGAAGGCCAAGAGUUCAAGGAGGUCCAGACCGAACUCUCCCAACAAAAAAACUUUCCGAGGGAGCUGCCCGGAUUGUGAACCUGCCAAGCCAGGGGAUGCUUCGGAGAAAGUUUUUGAUGAUUUCCAGAACCAAGUUGAGCCCACGGACAUCAAUGUUUCUGAAGUGGCACAGACUGGAUCAUCGUUAGCACUCAGGAAAAAUCUGCUGCCACAAAGGUCUUUGGCAGAGAGGACUCACCUGAAAGGACACAAGUUGUGGAAUCCCUGUAGCUGUGACCCACCAAGGCCCCGUGUCAUCCCACAGUAUGCUGAAUGUGGUGUCCAGCUUAACAUUGGGGAUGUUUGUCCAAGUGCAGGCUCACAAGUCGGAGAUUCGGGACUCUAUAAAACCUACACUGGCCACAUUGUCCGCGAAGACCAAGUGGCAAUGUGCGAGUGUCAGAUCAAACGCAAGCAAAGACCACUGCGCGAUUUUGACAUGCAAGUGUCAGCUGAAGACAUCUGUCCAAGCAGUGACGCCCAAACAGGGUCAUCCCUAUUGCUCCUAGAGCCAUUUAAAAGAUCCACACAGCAAGCUGCGCCCAUAAAUUACAACGAUGGCCAAGAACACACUUUAAAAGGUCACAUUCUUAAGGAAAACUGUGAAUAUUCUGCUCCCUAUCACUGCACUGAACAAGUGGAAGCACGGGAAAUUGAAACUCAAGUCACAGCUAUUGAAAUAAAUCCCUGCGAUGAGGUACAAACCGGGGACUCGUUGAUGAUGACUGAGCCGUUUCCUCCAGUCAAGCCGACGCUCAGUGACGAUGAGUCUGGUGAUGGUGACGUGACGUGGGCAGAUCUGAGUAUUUACGACAUGACACCCGAGCACAGGAGUGUCAAUGCCUACUAUAAACGUUUUGAUGAUUACCCUGGUGUUGAUAAGGACUAUGUGAUAUACCCUUCACAGUACAAGCCACCCGCAAAGGUGGCAAGCAAGACUAGACCACCUGUUGGCCCAACUCCUCAGAUAGUGGUCCAGCUGUCUGAAGACAAGCUCGGUAAAAUGCAGAUGACAGGUGGGGAUGUGGCUCCUUACCGAAUAGAUGAGGACCAACUCAGCUACGACGGAAGUGUUAAAGACUAUGUGGAUAAAGAAAAUUUAACAAAAGAUGGCAAACACUUUGAUGAUGAUGACUAUAAGAACUAUGUCAAGGAAGUUUAUAAAAAGCCAGAGGAUGUGAGGGACCAUGAACAAGGAGAAUUUAGGUAAACAUUUGACUGUUUGUUUUUAGGUUGGUGUGAGUUGGGGGAAACGGACCAGAAUAGUAUUAUGUGCAUCUAACCAUUUAGUUUACAAGUUGAUUUAAUAAAGGACAGUGGCGACAAGAGAAAAUAUUUCUCAAUAUAGAAAGUGGUUUCCCUUUGUGCAUGGCAUGUAAUCUAAUCUCAUAAAGGAAAACAGUGGCCUGAGCUCUGGUGCACAAUAACUCACAGGUCACAUGCUUCACAAUACCCUUUCUUCCCUUAGAGGGUUCGCAGCUCACCCAGUGCAACUGCCACAGCGCUCACUCUACUAAUUGCAUAGCUUCCUAAGGGCUUGGAAUGGACACAAAUUAACUAGCAUUUAAUUUGACUCCUAGCGCCUCGUCCCCCCUUGUCACCACUCACAAAGUUUGAUUUCUGAUAAAAAUUCCUUUCAAAAUUUUACAAUGGUUCAUUUCCUGGUCUAACUUUCUAUUCAACCUCCUUUAUUAUUUUAUUUCAUACUUAAAAGUUAUCACAUAAAAUGUUUCAUAUUUCAUACUUAAAAGUUAUUACAUAAAAUAUAUUUAGGAGCUUUAAAUUUAUUUGUAAACAAAUUAAUGUGAUGCAAAAAAAAAAAAAAAAAAAAAAACUAUUGAGGUUCCACAUUGUAAGGAAAAUAAUAUCAUAUAUACUUCUCUUAAAUUGAUGGUUCAUAACUAGUUGACAGAUGUAAUCAUUGGCGAUAAUUGUUUCAGUCUCAAUUUAUAAGUUCAGUCUCAAUUUAUAAGUUAAACAGGAAGAAUUGGUCGCAUCAAAAAGUUGAUUUCUACUGCCCCCCAGAUGGAGAAGUUUCAAUAUUUUAAAGUAUUAUUUAGAGUUUAAGUUCAACUCUUUCUAUUGAUCUUAUUUUCAGAAAUGUACCAAGGAGAUAUGAAUCCUUAA